AUUGUUUCCUCAUGUCACACAAUCAUCACGACGGACACUGUAGCCACGAGAGUAACGACAACGACCAUGAACAUGAUCAUGGAACCAGUGACCUUGGCCCAAAUGAUAACCUCUUCUCGCACAUCGACCGCGCCAACGUCGUCGCACUCAACGCCACAAGGGAAGGCUCAGUCGCUGUUAAACCCUGGGAUCAGAGGAACAACGAAGAAGCUUUUUUGGAGUCGGAUGCCGACGAUCAGCUAAUUCUACGUAUCCCUUUUACCGGAUCCAUCAAGCUUCGGUCUUUAUUAUUGAAGACGGGCCCGGGCGACCAGACCCCAACAAAAGUCGCUCUGUUUUCCAAUCAGCCCAGCAUGGAUUUCAACGACGUUUCCGACAAGGUGCCUGUUCAAGAAUUUGAGAUCCCUCAGGACAGGAAUGUCGCGGAGUAUGUUGUCAAGUACGUUUGAUCCGUCUCUCCGGGAGUCAUAUUAACAUCCACCCUCCAGGACGGCAAAGUUCAACAACGUUUCCUCCCUGACGUUAUUUUUCCCUGCCUCGCAGGGUGCGGACACGACAAGGAUUUAUUAUGUCGGUCUCCUUGGUCAUUGGACUGAGCGCAAGAGCGAUCCAGUCAUU